CGUCUGCGUGAAAAAGGGAGGGAAGCACCUUCUGACCACUUGUGCGGGUUUGCCCAAAUCGCCCAAAUGUCCAUCCCGUCCCGUCCCGUUGCCGCUCUGCCUUUGGUUGUUCCACGUGAUAAAGGGGUAUGGAAUAAACCGGUUUCGCUAAUUUCGGGAUUUCAGAAUUUUGAGUAUCACGCGAGAGAGACUCCGCCUAUCCUGUAUUUCAUCACAUGUCUGCUAGAGUUUGGAGUGAAAGGAAGUCGAUUCGUUUGUUCAAUCUGUGAUUGUGUGUCUUGGUACUAAGACUACCUGUGACCGUCCUGAUCGAGCUUUCUAUAUUUAAACGAAAGCCGGUGUCUAAAUCGGACGUUCCACUCAGCACUGCAAAGGUGCUAAUAGUUUGAUUUUAAACAUUAGCUGUUUAACCAUUGAUAGCUGCCAUGGCUGCAAGUCGAAUGAGAAAACUUGCUGCUGGAGGAAUUGCCUUAGGUGGAACAGUUGCUCUUGCAUCAUGGGUUUUUGGAGAUGAUAAUCACACUAAGAAACAAUUUGGUCUGCAUGUCCAUGCUGGUGACUCUCUGAAGGCACGACCAAAUAAGCCUUUCCCAACAAGAAGUGAGCAACUGAAAGCACUUGAAGAUGAAGUCUACGAUGUCCUUGUAAUAGGAGGAGGUGCUACAGGAGCAGGAUGUGCUUUAGAUUCAGUUUCUAGAGGAUUAAAAACAGCAAUUGUGGAAUUAGAUGACUUCAGCUCAGGGACGAGUAGCAGAAGUACAAAGCUGCUCCACGGCGGAGUGCGCUAUCUUCAAAAAGCAAUUUUCAAUUUAGAUAUUGAACAAUAUAGAAUGGUUAAGGAGGCCCUUCACGAACGAGCGAAUCUAUUAGAAAUUGCGCCUCAUCUUUCUUAUCCUCUACCUAUUAUGUUACCGGUUUACAAGUGGUGGCAAAUUCCUUACUACUGGUCUGGAAUAAAAAUGUACGAUUUGGUCGCUGGUUCUAAAUGCAUCAAAAGUUCUUACGUAUUGAGUAAAGAGAAGGCCAUUGAACUGUUUCCGAUGCUUCGGAAAGACAAACUUUGCGGUGCGAUCGUGUACUAUGACGGCCAACAUAACGAUGCUCGAAUGAACAUUGCCAUCGCUUUAACUGCCGCACGCCUUGGUGCUACGGUGGCCAAUCACGUGAGAGUGGUUAGUCUCACGAAAAGUAAAGAUAGUGAAGGCCAAGAAAAGGUAUCCGGUGCUCGUGUACGUGACGAGAUUACCGGCAAAGAAUGGGAAGUCCGAGCCAAGUGUGUCAUCAAUGCCACGGGACCAUUCACAGAUUCAAUCCGAGAAAUGGAUCAGCAAGCGGUGAACAAAAUAUGCGCUCCUUCAGCUGGUGUUCACAUAGUCUUACCCGAUUAUUAUAGCCCAGCCAGCAUGGGCUUACUUGAUCCUUCCACCUCGGACGGACGUGUCAUUUUCUUCUUACCUUGGCAGGGUUUGACAAUCGCUGGAACCACUGAUACUCCGUGCGAAGUAACCCACCAUCCUAGUCCAACUGAAGCCGAUAUUGAGUUCAUUCUCGGUGAAAUCCGAUCGUACUUGAGCCCAGACAUUGAAGUUCGUCGUGGUGACGUGCUUUCAGCCUGGAGUGGCAUCCGUCCAUUAGUUUCCGAUCCAAAUAAGCCAGAUUCUCAAUCGCUUGUCAGGAACCACAUUGUACACGUGAGUGAUAGCGGUCUCGUAACAAUUGCUGGAGGUAAAUGGACGACAUACCGUUCCAUGGCCAUGGAAACACUAGAUGCAGCAGUCAAGACGUGUAACUUGCCAGCUGUUCGAGGUUCAGCUACCGAUGGUCUACUCUUGGAGGGAGCUCACGGCUGGACACCAACUAUGUUUAUUAGAUUGGUGCAAGAUUUCGGGCUGGAGAGUGAGGUGGCCAAACAUUUGUCAGAAACUUACGGAGACCGAGCCUUCUCUGUUGCCAAACUGGCUGCAUUGACAGGUAAACGGUGGCCGAUUGUCGGAAAGCGGUUGCACGAAGAAUUUCCUUACAUUGAUGCUGAAGUCCGAUAUGCCGUAAGAGAGUAUGCGUGCACUGCUGUUGACGUGAUUGCUCGUCGACUUCGCUUAGCCUUCCUCAAUGUUCAGGCGGCUGAAGAAGCUCUUCCUAGUAUUAUUUCUAUUAUGGCGGAGGAGCUAAAAUGGUCGGAAGACGAGCAGAAACGGCAACAUGCCGAAGCUGUCAAAUUUGUUAGAGAAGAAAUGGGACAACAAGUCAACCGUCAGAGCCGAGACAAAAUCCCAAUUAACUUAUCGCGUGAAGAAAUUUCGAACUACAUCAAACGUUUCCAGGCACUUGAUCACGAUAAGAAAGGAUACAUCUCCAUUAAUGACAUUCGUCGAGGACUUAAGCGUCAAGGUGAGAGCAUUUCGGGUACCAUGAUGCACGAGAUCCUGCGAGAGGUGGACGUCAACUCGAACGGUUUGGUUGAGCUGGACGAAUUUCUUCAGCUGAUGGCCUGUAUAAAAUCUGGUCGCGUAACCAACUCGCGCUUUGACCAAUUGGCACAAGAAGCACAGAAAAAUGCUGAAGAAGAGGAAGCCAAGAGGAAAGCUAUUCCUGUUGAUCGCAGUGGAGGAGGAGUUUAGGUAGUCUGAGAUGCUUUUUAAAAUAAUUUAGGUUGAAUUUGCGGCUACCACCGUUUCGCGUUACACCUAUAUGACAAAAUCCCCUCUCCUUUUUUUAAAAUCAUUGAACUCAUCGGUUAGUUAGUCGUUUUUCUCUACUAGCUGUACUAUUUAAUUACUUUAUUCCCCGAUACUUUUAUCCCUUUUUCGUACUGAUCCGUACUUCAAAAAACUUAUGGGAUAAAUCGGCCACAGAAAAUAACAUCUAUCGAUUCGAACAAAGCCAAAGUAUUUCAUCCGUUUUUCUCUCGAUUGGUUGUGCGAAGUGUUUUUUACUUAACUUAAUAAUUCACUGUUAUUAUUCCUAAAUAGUCUGCACAGUGAGAUCCACAACGCAACGCAUACGUAUUUCUGGUUCUCCAUAAUCGUUUCAGAUAGUUCGUUGUAGUUCCUAGCAGGUCUAUUCAGUGUAGCUUCUUUUUCAUUGUUGCCUGUUUUUGUAUUUGUCUCUCUAUUAGUAAUAAAUAGACGUUUGAAAUCCCUA